AUGCCACAUCAAAACACCUUUCUUCAGGAUACCGAACCACCAGCGUAUGAUGACUGGCCGUAUCAGCCAUCCCAGCCAAAGCUCUGGAACAGCGAUGUCCCAUAUCCUGAGGUUGAUCGAGGGGAGAGUGCCCAGUAUACUGAGCCCGAUCAACAACAAACUCAAGAACAACAGACGACACAAGUUGAUCCACAGAUUCCCGGAGAAGAGCUGGUGGCCGACGAACAGAUCGAAAACAUUGAAGUGCGGUGGUCAGGCGAGAUCAACACUGUUCAGGAAGCCCGGAACUUCCUUGCAUCGCUCUCAGAGACACUACAGAUCCCGAAAGUGCAAAACGAUGAUGCAGAGGGCAUUCGGAGAGGAGGCUUGGCCACAUUUGGGAGUGCAAUCCUACAAGCCAUCGUGCACCGUCCAGCCACCACACCUACCGGCUUGCAAGAAGAGCAGCGAUUGUACUACAUCAAACAACAACGAGGAGCCAUGUCGAAGAUCCAGCACGCUUUAUCAACCGACCAAGGACAGAAGAAGGCGGAGAGUAUGAUCUUAAUGCUCCUUGAUGCGGCCAUCGACUGCCACAUCGUCGGACUACCGCGAGAAGAUUUCACACCCAAAGCAGCAUCAAAAGGCAGCUACAAGAGUCUGACUAAUCUUACUUGCGGUCAGAGAAUCAAUAGGAUCAUCUCUGCCGUUCAGCGCCACAAACUGGUCUCUAUUGAUGUCUUGGAGGGGAAGGGUCUUCAAGAUCUAGCCAGGAACCCGGACGAGCAUCUCAGUCGCAAGAUCAAGAACUUGAGAAGUAAUGCGCUUAGCAACAAGACCCACAAACCGAGAAGAAAGAGAGUGCCACAGGCUUUACACGAGUCCAGACAGGGCAGCUUCGCUCCAUCCGACCAGUAUGGAAAGAUGGAACGCACUCGGACGCCAGGGGCAAGUCUAGCGACAAAUAAGCUGGAACAUCGGAAUUCGGACGUCGAGAGGUCGACGAUGCAGGAGAAUGUGCCAGAGAAUGUGCCGCAUGUUUCGAUAGGAAAGAGAAAAGCGAGCGAGAUGGAGGAUGAAGAGACCGAACAGCGUUCAGACCUCCGGUCAGUCCGUCCGAGACAAGAUCUCCCUGGUGUGAGUGAGCAAGGCGUCCCACUUGAGAUCUACGAUGAGCCAUUCAAUAUGCCGUCGCAUUUUGACGAAGCCUUCUUUGGAGACGCACAAGGCGAAUAUCGUGAUGAUUUCUAG